AUGACCGAAAAAGAUUUCAGGGAUUGUGGCCUAAAAGGUGGACCUGUGAUGGCUCUCGCCGACUUUGCCAAGGAUGUUAAAGAGGAAAAAUUGAGGUUUUAUUCAUCGCAUAAAACUCAAAAAAAUCUGCGUGAGACAUCCACCAAUUGCUUCAAAAUUGACCGGGGUAUCUCAAACUUAGCUCAAACGUCUGCAUCGUAA